AGCGGACUGCGAAAUAUACAACCAAUCUCGCCUCUGUACGCGCUUAUCUAUUGUAGGGUUUUGUCGCCGCGUUAAAUAUCGCCAAACAACGCCUCGUUUAAGCGAAUUAACGCCGCGAGCGAUAACAAAAAUAAUUUAAGAACAAAAAAAACCACGUUAUUAUUAUUACUUUUAACUGUUUAUCAUCAACGGGUGCUCGCAAGAUGAACGAGUCGAAGAACCAUUCGGCGAGUAAACCGAAGCCCGGCUCACUGGACUCAGCCACCAAGAGGGACAAGCCGAGGACCCCGAAAGAGGCCGGCAACAAACCGGAUAAAAACAAACAACAAAAGACCGCACUGCAGGAGACCAAGGCGCGGCAGAGAGCCGAGAUCUACGCGCUCAACAAAGUGAUGACGGAACUGGAGCAGCAGCAGUUUGAGGAGUUCUGCCGCCAGAUGCACCAGCAGAUCGCCAACGGGGAGGAGGGCGGCACGGAGGCGCACGACGGCGACAUCAUCGCCGCGUGCCGCGUCUGAUCGCGGCCACCAAGAAAGGGCAACCCCCUCCACCUCUCACCCGCCCCCCCCCGCCCCCACUUCCCUCCUCCUCCCCCACUAACGCCCUCACCGAGAGCCACGUCCAAGCGACCCGGCGGUCGAAAUCGAGAUUCGUAACUUGGUGUCAGAACAAUUGUCGCGAUUCACGGACGCGGUUCGAGUCGCGAGAUUGUUCUUUUGAUGUCAGAUGGUAGUGCCUCCAGUGGCUGCUGCUGCUGCUGGGGUGACGUGAGCCUGUCGUGCGGAAUUUGGCGCCAAGCAAAAAAGCAUUGGUUGUUACUCGCGCGAUCUCAUGCAUUCAUAGCGGGUCGAAUAAUCGGUAUUGAUCGACGACUUUACACCUCCUUCUACCAAAUUUUCCUUAAGCUCCAUAAUACGGCAAUCGGAUCAUGUGCACGGUAAUCGGUCGAUGCAAAUUAUAAGCGGAUACACGUCGAAGCCAUUGGAACAAACGAGACAGAACACAUUUCAAGAUUCCAGGUUUAUUCAAAUUUAACCAGGUGAGAACGCAAGAGACCAGGACGAGUCUCAUUUGCAAGAGUCACCUUGGGGCAUUAGUCUGCCGGUACCGUUGGUGGAGGGGUGGCACGGUGAUAUUUGCUGUUAUGUACAAUCCCAAUUGUGUAAUUGGAACAAUCGACACGCACUGUUAAUAAUAAUGAGGGUACAACAGAGGCGGGAAGCGAAUCGAUCCUCGACGCGGAAAUCGUGCUGUGACGUUGCGACCGACUACAACGCGGUAAGAGAGGGCUUCUGGAUCGCCGCGUGAAUACAAAGUGGCCUUGUCAUCCGUUGCGCUGGCCAUGGGCGUUAUUCCUUACGGUGGUGGCCUGUUGCACAACAUUCUAGAUUUGAAACUUUCGUGACUGCAGUGGUUCAUACUCUUUGGUUUUUUCGGUAAAGUCACGUAGGUUAAAAUAAAGGAAAGACAAGAAAAAGAAAAAAAGAAAAAAACUAAAUUAAAUCAUGACGUUUCGGAGGCAACACAAUAUCAGAUAUUUCGCUGUGUCUAUUCCACCUGAAGAAGGAAGCUUGUGUUGCCUCCGAAACGUCGUGAUUUAAUUUAGUUGUUUUUUUCUUUCUUUUAUUUUAACCUACGUGACUUUACCGAAAAAACCAAAGAGUAUGUUGCACAACACUCUGUCCACACACAAUGGGCUCGCGUGCAUUUUCCUAUUGUAUCGUGAUUGUUUACCUUUUGACGGGUUACUUUGCCACCCACUAUUUGUUGGAACCGUGUCCAUGUCUCUGAGCUAAAAAAAGUCCACGAUCCAUGGGCGGCGGUGCUCAUAUGAACCCGCGGCCCUGAGUCAACGUCAUGGAAAAAUUCCAAGCUACCAUGGGAUGAUGAUGAGCCAGUCACUGCA